AUGGUCCCGGGAGAGGAUAUAGAGGCGUCGGCUAAUCUCGCCUUCGGCCUGCUGCUCGACAGUCAUCAUCGCCAACACCAGCACCGGUUGAUGCAGGCUCAGCCAACACUUCGGUUUAGGCCUCAAUCCUCGACCCGCCAAGCACACGCGGCUGAGACCCACGAGUUGCUAGGCCAACCAGACAAUGGGAGUCAGUUUCCGCCUCCAACGAAGAGCCUCGACAAGGAGCCACCGGAGCGACCACACUCAGCCGAUCCGACCUGCUACCAGACGAGUGGUGAGUCAGCGGUGCUUUUGAGAAGCUUAAACGCAGCCGAUCAAACAAGUGUAUGGGCUGAUCGGAGCUGGCAAGGACUUCGAGCCCUACGAGGCCAGACCUUGGGACUAGUUGGCUUCGAUCGCAUAAGAUGA